GCAAGGCCCAAACUUGCAAGACGACGAACGAAUGUGAGCGAGGAGAGGAGAGGACCUUUCGAUUCGUUGCGAAGGAGACCAGGCAAUCUCUGGGAGUGUCGAACACAACACCUCAGCUGAUCUGUUGGGAAGGUUGGGAAGGAUCCAAUGGCAACACUCCCACCCUCUUCGGCGACGGGCCGGAGACGGCACCAGCGGCCUGUUCGCAGCGCAGCGGCAGCCCGCCGCCCGCCAUCGAGUGCACAGCAAAUGACACAGCGACGACCACAAACAGCUGCAGCACCGUCUCGCCAUGGAGAAGACGAUGACGACGAUGCACUGAGCGCAGCAACGGCAACAACGCAGCUGACCGCGGCAACAACGGCAGCCUCAGCGGUCGAUGAUAGACCCGCAGCAGACACCGCAAUCCCCGCCACCACCACCGACGACGAUGAUAACGCUGACGCGGAGCGUGCUGCUUCAGCGGAAGCGGGCGACGAUCGCACGAGCAACGAUGGUGCAGUCGCUGGGGAGGUGGACGUGGCGGAUUUGGACAUUGACGCGUUGAUUGAGAGUGCAGAGGCCGUGCAACUGGACGAUCUGGAAACCGUGCUGGGCGCAUCCAACGACGUCCUCAGCGACUUUACCUCCCUGAACCUCGCAGAUGCGGCGUUCAGCGAGGCGCUGGUGACGGAGGAGCCAUCGCGUGCACAGGAUUACAUCGAAGAACUCCAGGGCGACACAGAAGAGCAGCACAUCUCCAUCGGCAUGCUCGAUUUGGAGCAGAUUGCGGCAGAGGAGGCCCGGCUGCACGAAGAAAUCGAAAAAUACGAACAAUUCCGGGAGGAGAAGUUGACGCGGAAGCAGAAGAUGCUGCUUGAGCAGGUGAUUGUUGCCAAGAAGGAGCUCUCACACCUCGUCAAGACGCAGAAGAAGAAGCUGCGCGAUGCGGAGCAGCUGUACCGUCGGCGCCGCCGCCGCGACAUGGAGGCGCUGUCCCGCGCAUUUCGCCGCGCCGAGGAGCGACUCGUGCACGCCCUCAAGCGCCGUCAUGGUGAAAUCAAGACCACAUACGGCAGCCUCACCCUCACAGAUGGCAUCUACUCUGGCACGCGCCGCCGCCGCUGGCGCAUUGAUUGGAGCCAGGCCCCACAGCCCGUGCAGAUUAUGCUUGCAUGCAUUCGCGGUCUGCGCGACAAGUGCGCGAGUGGCCGCUUGGUCCUCUCCGUGUCGAUGUACGACCGCCUCGGCGGACACCUCAUGCGCUGGUCCAGACUUCCAGGCCAAGAGUGGUGUGGGAACACGCUGCCAUUCAAGCACGACGCUCGUUUCUUCUCCAUCGAAACAGACGUGAACCAGAGCGUGUUUACCGUGUGUCCGCCGGAAGCGCGCAUCAAGCCGUCCAUGGUUUUCGUGUUUGAACUCUUCAUCUUGAAGAAUGACGGCACCCCAUUUGACCGCGCCCUCGCAUGGGGCGUGUUUCCCAUGAUCAACUCAGAGUUUGAGCUUGUCUCUGGCAAGUUCAAGGUGCCGAUGCACCGCGGUGACAUGGACCCGUCUGUCAUCACCCACGCGGAGAUUGAGAAGCGCCUUGCUCGCGACCUCGACAGCUGGCUCUGCAACCUGUACUUUACGGUCUCGCGGCUGCCGCGUUACACGUCCGGCCAGCGCGAGUACGAGGUGGAGCUCCAAUACACCAGCUCUCUCCUCGGGCAUCCUGAGCGCGACGUGCCUGCGCAUGUGUCGCCAGAGGAUGAAAUGGCCAAAGCCGUCAAACACAUCCAUUCACGCCCGACAACGGCACCGCAGCCGGCGCCCCCGCACGGCCUCAACGCCAAACUCCGCGAGCUCUCGGGCAUUCAGGAGGAGGCGGUCGAAGUUGAGGAGGAGCACCUCUUACAGGGUGAGGGUGAUGACGGGGUGCAGGUGUUUCUGAAGCGAGCCGGUCCGUUUGAGGAAUACCACCGCAAUGUCGUUCGUCUCUCCGCCGAGCGUCGAAAGCCGUCGAUGACGAAGAAGAAGACGCCAACGCGCCUCGAGGCGCUGCAGGAGCACACCAACAGCGUGGCGGUGCUGCAAUGCGCCCACCGCCGAAAUGACGCCAAAGUCGAGGACAAGACCGCCUAUGUGUGGCGGGAGAUUGGGAGCGAGUUUAGCGUGUACCGCAUCAAGACGUCCACGUUUUGGAUCACGGUGGCGUGUUUGCUGCUGUGCUUCUGGGCCCGCCUCUACCUCCACUACGCCGGGCAGUGGGUGUUUCUGCAAGCGCUACGCGUUCCCGUCACGGAAUUCACCGUGCGCUCGUUCACAGUCAACCUCGGAUACCAGCCAUCGUUGUUGCUGGUGCGGGAACAGCUUGGUGUUGUUGCGUUUGGACCCAUCGCUGUUGCCAUCCUCAUGGUCUUCUUCAUCGCCGUCGCUGGUCUCGCCCGCUACGUCUUUGGCCGCUUCCCCGAGAUUGGCUACCGGUUCAUCCUUGCGUGGUGCAUCAUGACGGUGCUUGACCCGCUGCUCAUCCUCAUUGUCGACCUGGCUCUCGAGCGCUGGAAAUACGACGGUGUUGAGCCCGUGGGCGACGCGUUCAAGCUCUACUGGCACUUUGAUCACUCGGAUGAUGGCGGCCUCCCCGGCAUCUUCAUCACCGCCUUUGUGUACAUUGUCAUCAUGUUUGCCAGCGCCAUGGCGACGUACCUGUACCUGCUGCGGCUGCAUCUCAACGCGGCCAUUCUCGACCUCUAUCGCCGCCUCACUGCCACCCCAGAUGACACGUUUGUCCCCUACGACAACGAGCUCUCCAUCCAGGAACUCGACUAUCUCGUGCGCAAGGCCGAGCAGUGGCGCGGGCAGCGCGGCGAGCGGCGAAAAGUUGCGGUGUACGACCACGUGUGGACACCCGACGAGCAGGACGCAGCAGCAGAGGUGCACCCGCGCACACACGAGGCAACCGAACGCGCACACUCCGCCCGCACCGGCAGCGGUGGCAGCGGUGGCACUGAUAAGGGCGGCGAUGGCAAGAAGCGGAAGAAGCUGCUCGGUGGCGGGCGUCGCAUGUCUGCUGAGGAAGUGGUGCUGGCCAUGCAACGGCAGGUUGGGGACGAGGUGACCACGCACGUAUCGAUCCACACCAUCAACCUUGAUGGCACGACAACCAUGUAUCGCCAGUUCCUGCGGCUGCCGGACGGCGCGAUUGUGGAAGUGUUUGGAGCCGUUGGCGGAAACCUGGACCAGCGCGUGCAGAAGACCCUGGACGAAGCACACGUUGACAUUUCCACACUCACGCGCGAGUCAACCAGGAUCAUCCAAGACAAAUUCCACAGCUCGGCUGCCCCCGUUGCCACCAUGACCCAGCGGCCCUCGGCGUUUUCGCUCCUGUCCGUCAGCGCGUUUGCAAUGUCGCAACGGCGCCACACGCCGUCAUCGACACAGCGCUCUGCUGUCAUCUCGCCUUCGCCUCUUGUUCCCCGCCAGGGCAGCGCCUCCAACAGCUCACAGCCGACAGACGAGUGAACAGUGCGGCGUGUUUGCUUGUGUGUGAGUUGUGAGAAUGCAAGCGUUGUGUUCGUGUGAGUGUGUUUGUGACAGUUUGAGCGUGUUUGGUUGUGUAGCAUGACCGGUUUUGAAGUGAACAUGGUGUGCCUCAGGAACGUUGCAAGUUUUCGUUGAGUGAUUUGUGUGUGUGCGUGUGUGUGUCUGUGUCUGUGUCUGUCUGUCUGUGUGUCUGUCUGUCUGUCUGUGUGUGUGUGUGUGUGUGUUCUUUGGCACGACAUUCUAUUCUGUCUUCCUACCUGUGUGUGGCGUUGUUCUUUGUGAGAAGGUGCGUGAUCAUGCAUGCAUGAAUGGCUGACCGAGGCCAAUGCGUAUUGUUGGCUGUGUGUAUGUGGCAGCUUUGCCUGGUGUCUCUCCCACUCUGUACACUCGCGAGCGCGUGGUAGUGAUGCUGGUGAAUGUGCUUGCUUUCUUGUGACCUGUCAUGGGGUGCGUGUGCAUGUGCAUGUGCGUGUGUGUGAACGCGCUUGCACGUGUUUGCACUUUGGCAGUAAACCUUCAGAUUCCUCA